AUGGAUUCUAUGCUGCCCUCCAUGGGCACCUCCAAGUCAGUAUUGCUGCUUGGUGCAGGCUUCGUCACACGACCGACUGCUGUUGAACUGGACAAGGCCGGCAUCUAUGUCACAGUUGCUUGCCGAACUCUGGAGAGUGCCAAGAAGCUGUGCGACGGUCUUCGAUAUGCCAAUGCUAUCUCCCUGGAUGUCUCGGACGAUGCAGCUCUGGAGCGAGAAGUCGGCAAAGUCGGUCUUGUCAUUUCGCUCAUUCCUUAUACCUUCCAUGCCCAAGUCAUCAAGGCUGCUAUCAAGACGAAGAAGCACUGCGUCACUACUUCCUACGUUUCGGACGCCAUGAUGGCACUCGACCGGGAGGCGAAGGACGCAGGAAUCACAGUCUUCAACGAGAUCGGUCUGGAUCCAGGUCUUGAUCAUCUCUACGCUGUCAAGACCAUCCACGAAGUACAUGAGCAGGGUGGACGUGUUCUCGGGUUCUGGUCGUACUGUGGCGGUCUCCCCGCACCAGAGAACUCAGACAACCCUCUCGGCUACAAGUUCUCCUGGUCGCCUCGCGGUGUCCUUCUGGCUGCCCGCAAUACCGGUGUCUACUACAAAGAUGACAAAGUCGAGACGACCCCUGGCGAGAAGCUCAUGAGCACCGCCAAACCCUACCUGAUCUACCCUGGCUACGCCACCGAAGCAUACCCAAACAGAGACAGCACACCCUUCCGAGCACGCUACAGCAUCCCCGAAGCCCGCAACCUCGUUCGCGGCACACUGCGCUACCAAGGCAAUCCUGCCUUUGUCCAGAAACUCCGUGAUCUGGGUCUUCUGAGCGAGGAGCCACAAGAAUACCUCAAAACAGCAACGACAUGGCAAGAAGCCUUUGCAAAGAUCAUCGGAUCCAGCUCCAGCACCGAGAAGGAUCUCGUCUGGGCUGUGAGCUCGAAGACCGAGUUCGCCAAUAACGAAGAGAAGGAUCGUAUCCUCGCCGGUCUUCGCUGGAUUGGUCUCUUCAGCGAUGAGAAGAUCGAGCCUCGUGGUACGGCACUCGACUGCCUCUGCGCCACACUCGAGAAGAAGAUGCAGUACGAGAAAGGCGAGCGCGACUUUGUUCUGCUUCAGCACAAAUUCGAGAUCGAGUGGGCGGAUGGCAAGCGCGAGAUGCGGACAUCGACCUUGGCGGAGUAUGGUGAGCCCGAGGGUAGUGGCAAGUACAGCGCCAUGGCUAAGCUGGUCGGUGUGCCUUGUGCAGUCGCGGUGCAGAUGGUGCUGAAUGGCGAGAUCAAGGACCGUGGUGUACUAGCGCCCGUGACUCACGAGCUUGCUGAGCCUAUUCGAGUGAAGCUGCAGAAGGAGUAUGGUAUCGAGCUGAAGGAGAAGACGCUUGCUUGA